AUGCAGGGCAAGUUUGCGUACAUCUGCUUUGACUUGAAAGGUGCCGACCUGCCCAACCCGGACGGCGUCGACACCCACUGCGUCAUGCGGAGGAGGAAGGAGCUCCCCACGACGGGCAACCACCUGGCCCUGUGGCUCAUCUACCAGAACGUGGAGCUCGACAAGAAGACCUCGGUUGGCCUGCCCGUCGGUCGCGCCGGUGGCAAGAAGGCGGCUGUUGCUGCCAAGGCCUCGGCCUCGGCGGGGAAGGAGAAUGGGACCGCUGCCGCCGGAUCGGCUGCCGCGGAGAAGGCAGAAGGCAGUACUGUGCUGGCCUUCCGGCUGAAGCGGCCUGAGGACCUUGAAGAGGGGUACUACACGCUGGGCGUCGUUGAUCCCAGCGCACCUGAUGAACCUUGUGAAGUGUGUCGGUCGCACGAUGACCCUGAGAAAACGCUCAUUUGCGAUCAGUGCGGCGAGGGCUACCACAUCUACUGCCUGACGCCUCCUCUCGCCCAAGUGCCGCCGGAUGACGUCGAUUGGUACUGUCCUAACUGCUUCAACGACCCCGAAGCUGUGAAGGCGAAGAUGUCGGACACCAAGCGCGGCCAGGCGCUGGGUGCCAAGAAGAAGGGCUGGGGAGGCGGCAUGGCCAACGCCGGCCUCAAGGCCAAGUGCACGAUCGUGGAGAAGGACUUCUCCGGCCAAGUGCCCGGCACCUGGGUUGGCCAAACGUGGCCGAUGCGCAUCGACUGCAACAGCGCCGGUGUGCAUCGUGAGAUGAUCGCCGGUAUCGCCGGCAACGUCAAUCUGGGGAAGGCGGUGAGUCUUGUGGUCUCCGGUGGCUACGAGGACGACGAUGAUAUGGGAGAGCAAUUCAAGUACUCGGGCAGCGGGGGGCGCAACUUGAAGGACGGCAACAAAAGAGUGGCCGGCCAGUCGUCGGACCAGAUCUGGUCGUCGCGAAACCUGGCGCUGGCGAUGUCGUGCGUGGGCUUCAAGCACAAGUGCAACAAGGACUUCAAGGGCCACGUCUGCAAAGAAUGUCAGGAGCGGUGGCGCGACGGCAAGCCGAUCCGAGUGGUGCGGAGCAACAAGGCCAAGGAGUACGGACCGCAGAGCAAGACCAAGCUGUACCGCUACGACGGCCUCUACAAGGUGGCCGACUACUGGACCGAGAAGGGCAAGUCUGGUUUCAAUGUGUGCCGGUAUCUCCUGCGCCGAGACGACCCCGCCCCAGCCCCCUGGACGGCAGCCGGCAAGGCGUACAUCAAGAAAAUGCUGUCGGGCGCUAACCAGGCCAAGGAGGAGAAGCUGAAGAUGCGCAAGAUCCGCGUGCUGAUCGAGCGUGAUACGCUCAACAAGCGGACGUGGGACAACCUCGUGCCCCAGAUCGACACCACCACCCUGGGCAAGUUCCUCGAGGAGGUGGACCGCGAGUUCCCCUGCAUGAUCUGCCAGACGCGAGUCGACAUCCCCUUCACCUUCCCGUGCGGCCACAACAUCUGCCAGGACUGCUUCAAGCACUUCAAGACGAAGGCGGAGAAGAAAGAGUGCGGCAUGUGCCGAGCUGAGGUGACUGCGGACUUUAUCAAGACGGCCAAGUACAACGAGUACCUGGUGGACAUCCUCGCCACUCUGUUCCCCAACUUCCAGCUCCCGCCAGGCCACAAGGUGCACGAGGUGCACGUUGAGCCGUGUGCAGGCGAGGAGGAGCCGAUGGAGGUCGAAGCCGACGAGGACGACAAGGACGAACAGGAGGUCGUGAAGGCCGCGGCCGCCAAGAAGCGGAAAGCCGCUGCCCCGGCGGCCACCAAGAAGCGCGCCGCCCCGGCCGCCAAGAAGCGCGCCGCGCCGUCCUCGAGGAAGGGCAAGGAAAAGAGGUUCGACAGUGACGACGACGGCGACGAAGAGGAGGAGAUCGUCGUCGACGGCGAGAGCGGCGACGAGGCGGAAGAGGAAGACGAACGAAAGCCGGCCAAGCGGGUCACCCGAGCCAAGCAGGCGACGGCGACGACUGCGGCCAAGCGGAAGCGAGGGGACGUGGCGGCGGUGGUGGUGGGCGACGAUGACGAGGAUGCCGACGCCUUCCAGCCGGUCGCCAAGAAGAAGCGGACGUCAGUCGAGGGGAGCGCCAGCAGCAGGCGACAAUCGGCGCCGAAGAGCGAGCCGGAGGAGAUGGUGGUCGUGGACGACGGCGACGACGACGAUCCGCUGUUGAACGUAGCGGUCGCGCAGACGAAGCAGACGACGAAGAUGAAGAAGAAGCAAGCGGCGACGGUGGCGGUCGAUGACGAAGAUGACAGUGACGAUUUUGUCGACACGCCGUCGAAGUCGAAGAAGGAGCAGGACAUAGGCACUGAUGAUGAUGAUGGCGCGGUUGAUGAAAAGGACAUCGGCACGGGCUGGGACCUGUGGCUCGAAGAUGGCCUGCCGUGUCGCGAGUUGACCAAUUUUGCGCUGCUCUGGAAGACGCGCUCCUUCGUUGAUAUGGAGAAGAUCGGCGACGGCCUCUCCGUCCGCGCCACCGGCUCCCUCGUCGCCCCUCCCGAAUCGGCCAACACGGGCGCUGAGCUCAAGGUGCGCCUGCCAGGCAUCAUGGAGUGGACCCUCGACUACACCAACGCGUGCCUGUGGCUCCGCACCCCCUUGGCCUGGGGCUCAUCGAUUUAUGCGCCCCAUUUCGAGGAGGCCAACGCCAAGUUUGAGAUCUGCAACCACCUCACCACCAUUCUCGAGGACGAUGACAACACCGCCAUCGACUUUGACGCCACCGUGGCCAAGAUGAAGGAGGCCAGCGGGGGCAAGUACGAUGAACAGCACGUGCUCAAGAGGGCGGCCUUCAUCGAGGAAAAGAUGCUCCAGUUCCCCGAGGCCGAAGCCACCAAGAAGAGGUUCAUCAGGCAAAUGAAGAGCAAAGCGGGGUCGGGUUCCUCGAGCAGCAGGCGACCAGCCGCCAACACCAAGAAGAAGGGGAGCAGCACCGCGACGGCGACCAAGAAGUCGGCCACUUCGACGAAGAAGGCCAACCAAACGCCUGAACCCACGCAGCCCAACGGAGACAAGAAGAAGACGCUGGACCACUUCUUCAAGCCCAGGGCCUGA